AUGGCCGCAAUGUCUGACUGCAAUUAGAACCUGAUGGAUAGUCUUCACCCUCACACCGUGCUCAGCAAGCUCAACGAGCAGCGCUCACAAGGCCUUUUUUGUGACGUGAUUAUUGUGGUGGAGGAUGUGAAGUUCCGCGCCCACAAGAACAUCCUGGCGGCUUGCAGUAGCUACUUCAAGAAUGCUCUGACGACUGAGACGUGGAGUUCUAACCAUCAGGUGUUGGAACUGAUGGACCUUAAGUCGGAGGUUUUUGCCUGUGUCCUCAACUUCAUCUAUUCCUCUAAAGUGACAUCAGCUUGUGCCGACAGCAACGGGGAACUUGUAGCAGCAGGGAAAAAACUCGGUAUUUCAUUUUUAGCAAAGCUUUCAGAGCAAGAAAGGCAGGAUAAAAAUCAAAAUGUUCCAGAAUCUGUUAAAGUCGCAAACCGGAGCGCAACUGCGGUGCGUAAACACCCACAGGAAGAAACCACCAGGCUCGAGGAGAUCGACGGUGCCAGAGGACCACGAAUCACCAACGCUUUCUCUAUCACCGAGGUGUGUCCUGGGAACAAUCCAUUCACCCCGGUCGAAGAAGGAAGGCAGUCGCCAGAUGAGGGGCAACUCCCUGCAAGUUGCCCGACAUCCUCCAGCAGCAACGGGAGCAACGAAACCAGCCACACCUUCUCGGAGCAUUCGUACGCUCUUAAUCAAGUAACUGAAGAAAAGAGUCAGACCGGUCAAUGGGCGCCUAAGUCAGGAACAUUGGAGUCCAAGCAACCGACUUACAACAACACGGGCCCACUCAAAAAACGCCACAGGCUACACGGUGCUUUUCGCAAUAUACUUCCGACACAAAGCGAAGAGCCACAUGCAGAAAAAACAAAUCCUUUAACGUCAACAUUAGCUGAGGGUGCAGCUUUCGGGUCUCCGCUCGACAAAAACAAGCCUAAAGGCGCCGUGGUUCCUUUGGCUAACGGUCACGCGCAAAUGGACUCAAACCCUCGGACUCUUUCCCCUCACACGGAAGACAGCAUCUCAAUCUACGGAUGCGAGCAAUGUCCAGAGAUUUUCACAAACGAAGCUCUCCUCGCCGUUCACUCCGAAGUACAUAAAAAGUGUUCGGUUAGUCAUUUGUUUUGCAAGUUUUGCGACAAAAAAUUCAUACACCUCAAGCGGUUACGCAACCACGAGCAGAACUGUGCGAAGUCGGUGAGAGGGAAAACCGAACAAGAAUGCAGUGACAUCGCUGUCACAGAAGUGGACCUCCGUUCAGGUAGCGUAUUGAGAGAGAAUAUCAGAACGAAUCUUUUUUCUGUCGACAAGCCCACGACCGGGAAUCUUCUUCCCGAUCAAUUAGAGCCUCCGAAGGCUGAAAAUCUAAAAAGGCCAAAUAAUGGUCAAAGGAGAUACAACUGCAGUGUGUGUAAACGUGUGUAUGUAACACUUUCCAGUCUGAAGCGGCAUGAGAAUGUACAUUCCUGGCAGAGGGCUUAUCCCUGUCAUUAUUGUAAUAAAGUAUUUGCACUGGCGGAGUAUCGAACCAAGCAUGAAAUCUGGCACACGGGCGAACGCCGCUACCAAUGUAUUUUCUGCCUGGAAACAUUCAUGACGUAUUACAUUUUAAAAAACCAUCAGAAGUCUUUUCAUGGAAUCGAUCCGACACUUGCCAUUAAGCGAAAAUCUGCCAACGGUGGUCUGAAAGCGAGUGUUUAUCCAAUCAAACUAUACCGGCUUCUGCCGAUGAAGUUCAGGAAAAGGCAAUACAAGACAUACAGUCAAACAUAUUCAGAAGGUGACGACGGAGAUUAUCAAGCUCCGCUGGAGAGCAAUCCUCUCAGUCCUCAGUUGGAAGCCAGCAACCAUCCCGACGGCGUUGCGUUGCCUUUAACAUUCAUGGCAACGACAACAACGGUAGCACCGUUCAUGCCUCGAAUCAGUGUCGAUAAGCCCUGUGAAACAAAUAUUCACUCCACUUUGUACCAGAAUUAUCACCAGAAAGAUACUGAACAUGAAGGUUCACCCUUGAGGAAAUUUGACAGCGUAGUCCCUUUGCAACCAGAUCCCGACGCAUCCCCGACGGAUAAUAACCCUAUUGACGUAAUCAACUCGCAUCACAUCGGUCAAAAUGUGACAUUCCUAAAGUCACUGAAUACAGUUGAUAAGCUCAGCGAGUUAUCCGCGUCUGCAAAAAGUGUCGAGAAAAUGACUAAUGAAAUGUUGCAGUCAAGUACCGAGAAGUCGAGACUCGAACGGACACCGGGAACCAAGACUCAAACCUACAUCGCCAAACCUGUAUGCCCGGGUCCAUCCGCAGAUGGCGACGCAAUUCCGCUCUGCCAGAUAACGGUCAAAAUCGGCGACGAAGCCAUCAUUCGCCGCAGAAUCAAGGGAUCCAAGCUCUUCCCGCGAAGGAAACGGAAGAUAAGAGAACUGGAGGAAGUGGAGAGCGAUAGCCGAGUCCAUUCAACGGGGGACAAUUUUGAGAGCCCCAGGUUGCGCCUCAGACCGGAUCUUACCGGUAUAAUAUCUGAGACAUAUGAUGAUGCCAAUGAGUGUGACGUAGCUGACAAGCCUUGGCGUCCGUACUAUUCUUACAAAUCGAAAAAGAAGCGAAAGAAGCUGAGGUUCAAGCACGGGCAAGCUUUGUUCCACCAUUACAAUGAUUCAGUUAGAACCGAUACCAGUGCCGACGAGGACCGAUUGGACGGUGUCUUAGGCGGGAGCGGAGAAGUGAAACGCUUUCACAGAAGUUGCAGCCCAAGGACAACGUACAACUGUGACAUUUGCGACAGCUCUUUUAUCACCGAGACCGGUUUAAGAGCACACGUUAUCGGUUCCCAUCCGUAUUUCUGUCGUACUUGCGGUAAACAAGGUCCCCCCGGGGAGACACCCGGUGGCAACGACUACAUCUGCAACAUCUGUAUGGAAAACGGCUCCUGCUUUGAUAAUUCACCCCGUAGCCCCAUCCCGGAGAAGAAGUUCCGCUGUUCGUUCUGUCCUCAGCGGUUUCUCUACCUCGCUACCAAGAGAAGCCAUGAGAAGAAACACCAGGAUUCAAAUGAAGAAGGUUACCCCAUUCGACCGUGUUCGGAAUAUUCAGACAACCCGAGUGAGGACAACAACCAAAACUGCAUCAAAACAGAAGAGGAUGACAAUCAAGAAAGUUCUCACAUAAAAUACGAAGAAAAAGGACAUUUCCCGAUAAUAAAAACCAAAACCGAGGACACAACUGAGUUAAUAGCUUUGACAAAUCAGGACAUGACGUACACCCACAUUAAACGUUCUUUAUCAUCCCACACUGAGCCGAUGUUCACUUUGACACCUUCGAAAAUGAAACAUAAAAUGAAAAAACAUUCUUUGCAUCGAGGCUCAAAACAGGGACCCCAAAGGAAAGACGCUGAUAGGACAUCUUGGAAGCAAAAAGUCUGAACGAUUAUGAGAAGUCCUUCAAAGGAAGAAUGCCUCGGACUCUAAAGGCGACUACAUUUCUGCACACAAAACCGAGAAACGGGUGUGGAAAAUGGACCCUGAAAUCCUUUAAGUAGGUGCAAGAGAUAGUGAAUGCCACCAAAGUUUGACCUGUUUUGAGAAGACUAAAAUGUUGUCUUUGUAGCAGGACUUUCUUAAAAAAACAAAACAAAAAAAAAACGCUCUAAAAAUAAAGAUCUAAUGUCUGCUGGAAUGUUAUUCUAUACUGAACUGACCAGACUGGGUGACUUUUCUAAUUUAUAGAUGUUUUGAAGACCUUUCUCACAGACACAGACUGUAUUUUAUUGUCUAUGCAUUGCUAGCAAAACAGAUUGCCGGCUGGAAGAUCAAGACAAGGACAUUUUCACAAAGUAUUCCCAGAAGUGAGAUGUAUUUUCUAAUAACGGUAUGCAUUUAACAGUUGAUCUUAAAAUGUACAUUUGGGGUAGACUCACAUUUCCUGGUUAUCCCAUUCCAUAUAAUUAAUCGGACUUGGUAUGUUGCACUUUAUAUUCUCAUGCACUUCUGUUACAAAAAAAAAAUUAACAUUAUGUAGUAUUUUAUGUUUUAAAUGUAAUCCUGGUUUUGAACACAACGCAAUUAAAGUUCCUACUUUGUUGUGUUUGAUAUACACAGGCUGUAUAAACCAUGUCAAAUAAUUGAAAUAAAUAUUAAUAUACUAAAGA